AUGGAGGCAGCACAGAAAGCAGUCCAAUCCGUCACCGACGGCGUCAAGAAUGUCGCCAUUGGCGGCGACAAGAAGGCACCUGGAGCAAAGAAGGAGAAGAAAGCCGCCAAGGCUGGAGCUGGAGAUGCAUCCGCCGGACUCCUCGAGUUGAAGCCUGCCCCCGAGUUCCUCCAGUCUCGGCUUGACCUGUUCGACCGCCUGAAGAAGCGACAAGAUGAAGAUUUCGCCAAGAAGCCCCGCGAGCCCAUUACCAUCACCAUGCCCGACGGCAGCAUCAAGGCCGGCACCUCCUACGAGACCACCCCGGGAGACAUUGCCAAGGGCAUCAGCAACAGCCUAUACAAGCGUACAGUCGUGGCAAGACUAGACGGGGACAAGGAGCAGCUGUGGGACCUGGACCGCCCCUUGGAGAAGAGCUGCAGGCUGGAAUUGCUCGACUUCGAGGAUGAACAGGGCAAGAUGGUCUUCUGGCACUCGAGCGCACACAUUCUGGGAGAAGCCUCCGAGAGACGGUUCGGCUGCAGCCUGUGCAUUGGCCCGCCUAUCGACAAUGGUUUCUACUACGAGAUGGCUCUACCCGAAUCUGCUGCCGUGCAGACCACCGACUGGAAGCCGCUCGAGACCAUCGUCUCCUCCAUCGUUAAGGAGAAGCAAAAGUUCGAGCGAUUGGCCUUGACAAAGGAAGAGCUUCUCGAGAUGUUCUCCUACAACAAGUACAAGCAACACAUCAUCAAGGACAAGAUUGCGGACGGAACUUCCACCACUGUAUACCGUAAUGGACCCUUGAUCGAUCUUUGCAGAGGACCACACGUCCCAGAUACCGGCAGAAUCGAGUCGUUUGCCAUCAUGAAGAACUCGGCAAGCUAUUUCCUGGGUGACAACAACAACGACUCUCUUCAACGUAUCUACGGAGUUUCAUUCCCCGACAAGAAGAAGAUGGCGGAGCACAAGAAAUUCCUGGAGGAGGCGGCCAAGCGCGAUCAUCGAAAGAUUGGCAGGGAUCAAGAGCUAUUCUUCUUCAGCGACCUAUCACCCGGCUCUGCCAUGUGGUUACCUCACGGCACCAGGAUCUACAAUACCCUCCUCGACUACAUCCGACAGCAGUACUGGAAGCGUAACUACCAAGAGGUUAUCACCCCGAACAUGUAUAACUCCGAGCUGUGGAAGACCUCAGGCCACUGGGAUCACUACAAGGAUGACAUGUUUGUCAUUGACAUGGAAGAAGAAGUCAAGUUUGGACUGAAGCCUAUGAACUGUCCUGGACACUGCAUCAUGUUUGGCCACCGGGAGCGCUCUCACCGGGAGCUACCAUGGCGAGUUGCCGACUUUGGUGUUCUACACAGAAACGAAGCAACUGGUGCCCUCUCAGGACUCACUCGUGUCAGACGAUUUGUCCAGGAUGAUGCUCAUAUCUUCUGCCGUGAAGAUCAGAUCAAGGGCGAAAUCAGCGAUCUCUUCGACUUCCUUCACGAGAUGUAUGGUUUACUAGGUAUGACCUUCAAGCUUAAGCUCUCCACACGGCCAGAGAAGUUCAUGGGUCAGAUCGAGACCUGGGAUCGAGCGGAAGCCAUGCUGAGAGAGUCUUUGGACGAGUUCGCCUCGGCGGAAGGAGGUGUGGCAUGGACGCUGAACGAAGGUGACGGAGCCUUCUAUGGUCCCAAGAUCGAUAUCACCAUUGUCGACUGUCUGAACCGGGACUGGCAAUGUGCUACCAUUCAGUUGGAUUUCAUGCAGCCCCAAAACUUCAACCUCGAGUACAUGACUGCAGAGACCACCGUGGCCAAGACAAAAGAACCAGAAGCUACCGAUGCGCCAGCCUCGGGUCCACCGAAAGUUAAGGUCAAGAACCCGCAGGCAGUCAUCGAUUCUGCCCAUGCUGCCAAGGAGGCAGCUAAGGAGAUCAUCACACCCAGCAAGGAUGGGAAGGAAGCGCCCAAGAAAUUUGAGCGCUUCCUCAAACCGCUCUCUUCUGGAUGUGCCCGACCUGUCAUGAUUCACAGAGCGAUGUGUGGAUCCAUCGAGCGCUUUACUGCCAUCCUGUGCGAACAUUACGCUGGAAAGUGGCCCUUCUGGUUGAGUCCCAGGCAGAUCCUGGUUAUCCCUGUCGGUGUUGGCUUCUUCCCCUACGCCGAAGAGGUGGCCGCUAUCUUCAAGAAGGAGAAGAUGUUUGUCGACAUCGACCUCAGUGGCAACACGCUGCAGAAGAAGAUCCGCACUGGACAACUGGCGCAGUACAACUUCAUUUUCGUCGUGGGUGAUGAAGAGAGACAGGGCCGACAGGUCAACGUCCGGUACCGUGACGACACUUCAGCUCAGGAUCGUGGAAACCCGAUCGGCAUAGAUGAGGCAGUUGAGAAGAUCGCAAAACUGAGGGAUGAGCGCGGCUCAUACAACCCUUUCCCUUCCAUUGUCAAGCCGGCUGCUAAGGAGGCCGCUUGA